GCACAAGUCAGGAGCAUUCAGGUGAGCUCAAAGUUCAGAGAAAAUGAAACAGCAAGGACCUCAACGUCUCGCUGAAACGCCACAGCCCGUAGACGCAAGGCAUUGAUGGCGUUCGUCUGUUUUACUGACGGCUUCUUCAAUGAACUGUUCCAACCACUUCAUGACAACGGACCGUUCUUCGUCAGCCCACCACAGUUGAGCCUCCUGGAGUAUGUUGCCCUCUCUGCUUUCAAUCUCCAACCGGGCCCGCUGGAGGUGGAGCUACGGAAGCCCAUAGCGGUUAGCAUUCACGAGACUGGACUCACCAUCAGAAUUGAGGCAAGAGCCAGACCGCCCAGAAAACAACCUGGGCUCAUUGUGAAGUGUGAAGUGUCUAUGAAGGUGGCUAUCGAGGGAAACCACCUGGUUCUACUUUAUGGGAAGGCCACGUGUGAAAUUAGACCUACCAAGUUAUUGGGAAAACUACUAAAGGGCUGUGCCAGGAUGAAGUUGGAAGAAAUCAUUGAAUCCAAACUGAAAGAGUUGAUCACGAAAAUGGUGAUUCCUGGAGUCGUCACCGUUGAAGCAACCAUUGUCUAUCAUGAGGGCAGCCUGGUAGUCGGGGGAAACCUAAGGCUGCUUCCUGAGGUGGUCCAGCUGAUUCUGAAUUGCUUCCAGAAAAAAGGACAGCGCUUCCAGAAAAAAGGACAAAUCAAUUUGUAGUUCCCCUUUGUCUUGUUAACUUUGUUGUACAAUACAAGUGUUUGGAUGCAUCA